AAAGAAUUUCUAAUUCAACUAACCUCUUUGGAUUCUCAACUCCCGGGCUUAUUAUUAAUAUGUCAAAUAGUUGAAAUAGUAUUACUUACUAGUGCCUUUAGUAUUACAGUUUACAAGCCUUAAUUUCAUAUGAUAAGGGAUUUGUGAUUUCCUAUUUUACAAUGUGGGGAUUGUUAAAUAAAUUUACUUCUUUUUUCGGUGUCUCUGAAGAAGAAAAGCUUUCCAAAGAUGAAGAGGAUGAGAUCAUAUUAAGUGGUUUUUCCAAACAGAGUUUAGAUUUACUUUCUCUUGAUGAUAGUAGAAUAGCUCAACGUUUGAGUGGAAAAAUUACUUUCACAAAUGAAUCUAUGGCAGUUAUUGAUGGAAAAUACUUUUUUCAUUUGAAGGAUGCUAAUUCAUCAGACAUUGCGGUUGGAGAUCAUGUCAUAUUUAUGCUCAAUGAAAUUCAGUUGACGGUUAAGGAUGUUAUAAAAAUUGAUAAUUUAGAUGAGGAGCUUCAGGCACUCACCAUCCAAAAUUUGAAACAUGAAGAAGAUGAUAAUAAUUUUUUUACUACAAGUGGUGUUGUUAAAAAUAGAAUUGCACGUAUUGUGGUUGUUAGUACUGAAGAAAGUCCCUUUGAUGAAAUCACUUUCAAUUUAGAUUGUAUCUGUGCUGAAUUUAUACCUUCUCAAGGUGAUAUGGUUACACUAGAAGGUGUGAUUAUUGAUAAUCAAUUAUCUGUAAAGAAGAUAAGUCCUAAAAUAACAACCAUUAAGAGUGGUAUUAUAACUAAAUGGGAUGUUGCUUAUGGUAUAAUUAGCGAUUUUGCCUGCUUUACAUUAGAAUCCUGUGAACCUGGUUAUAUUCCCUUUGAAGGAGACAGGGUACUGGCGAGUCUAAUCCGCAUUAAUGAUUCGAAAGGAUAUAUGUGGCGUGCCAUUCAGGUAGUAAAAGUCUUUCAGAAAGUUGAAGGCUUUUCAAAAUAUGAAUGUGAACUGAGGCAAGAUUUGACUUCUAAUCAAAAUGGCAUAAUUAUUCCUGUUUUACCAAAAUUUACAUUAAAAAUCAACAAAUCUAUGGAAUUCACUGUUGAAAUAGAAAACAGUAAUAAUUUUGAUGUAGAACUCCUAUCCAUUUUUUCUAAUACUGUUUAUCAAACACCUCAAAUAUUACUUACUAGUCCUAAGAAUACAUGCUGUGUUAUACCUCCUUUCAAGAAAUUAACAUGUACUUUUGAAAUAGAAACAAAAUAUAUAGGACAUUCAGCUAUAGAAUAUAUAUGGGAGUUCGCUGGAUUCAAAAUACCCAGAAUGUUCACGUUGGAAGUUACAAGUACAGAAUUGAAAGAAAUGGAGUUGAAGGAAUCAAAAAUAGACAUUCAUUAUCCUCAAUUGAAGAUUUCAGGAUUGGAAAUAUUAAACCAGACUUAUGGGGACAAAUUACCUGGCCAAAAGAAAUAUUUCAAAUCUUCUAUAUUCCCUGUCCAACUUGGGCAGUAUUCUUUACCAGAGAAAAUCCUUCUUGCUGCUUUACCUCAGAAUAAUAUGAACUUUGACGAUCUCCUUAUUCAGAUUGAACAGGUUAUACCUUGUUUGAAGGAAGAAUUAUCGCCUAAGACAUAUUUACAAUUCUUUAGUGGUUUGUUGUUUCUUGAAGAAGCAGAACUAUUGAAACAGAUUGGGGAACUGUUCAUGGAAAGGGCCCAUUUCCGAAAAGUUGGAGAUUUUUUAGUUUUAGAUAUGCCUUUAUACUCUGUAUAUGCCAACAAACUUAUACCUGGUGAUAAAGCCAUAGCUUCUUUACCUUGGAAUGACCAAAAAACCAGUGAUUUUAAAUUUGAGGGUAUAAUCCAUCGAAUUUCACAAACUGAGAUAUGGAUUCAGUUUUCAAAAGAAUUCCACAACUCUUAUAAACAGGGGACUGAAUACUCGCUGUCUUUUAUAGUAUCCCGUGUUUCGUUACGUAGGAUGCACCAAGCUGUCAAUUUAGCUAGGAAGUUCCUUGGAGACCAAUGGUUAUUCCCUACUGGUGUUCGAACAUCUUCUCCUCGAUUAAUAUUUGAUAAAUUUCCUACAACUGAAGUAGGUGUUCAGAAAAACAAAUCAUACUCUAAGGUAAAUUGGAACAGGCAGGGAAGUGGAUAUGGAAACAAAUGCUCUAUUGAGAAUUUGAUUGAUGCUGAUAUUGUUCCUAGAAAUAUUGAUGAAAUAAACUGGUUCAAUAAAGUACUAAAUAAUGAACAAAAAGAUGCUAUAACCAAUAUUCUGAAAGGAGAAGCAAGGCCGUUACCAUACAUCAUAUUUGGACCCCCUGGUACUGGUAAAAGUUUGACAAUAGUCGAAACAAUACUUCAACUUCAUAAUUUAUUUCCCAGUAGCAGAAUAUUAGUUGCAACCCCUUCAAAUUCAGCAGCAGAUCUUUUAGCUGAAAGGAUUUUAGAAUCAGGAAAUGUGGAACAAAACAAAAUGUUGAGGCUUGUUGGGUUAUCUGCUUUUGAGCAAGGGAAGAUCACUGCAUCAUUGAUACCAUAUACUGCAAUGAUAGAUGCCAAAAAUGAGUAUGAUGAUAGAUUUGGAAUCCAAGUUAUCACUCGUGAAGCUAUCAAACAGUUUAACAUUAUUAUUGGCACAAUUGGUUGUGUUAGCAUUUUAUUCAAUUUGGGAUUUCCAAGAGGUUUCUUUACUCACAUUAUUGUUGAUGAAGCUGGUCAAGCAACUGAACCGGAAAUACUCACAGUAUUGAUUCUUUUAAAUAUUCAGAGUGGUCAAGUAAUAUUAGCAGGUGAUCCUUUGCAACUUGGCCCAGUUACUUAUUCUAAAUUGGCUAUAAAAUGUGGGCUUCAAGAAUCACUUCUCUCAAGGUUACUUGAUAGGUUUCCGUACAAACGUGAUUUAGUUGGUUUUCCUAAAAGUUAUGGUUAUGAUCCCCGUUUAGUGACUAAACUGGUCAACAAUUACAGAUCACUACCAUCCAUAUUACAGUUACCAAAUAUGCUUUUCUACAAUGAUGACUUAAUUCCAAAUAUAAUCGAGAAGUCAAGUGAAGAAAGUAUUUUGUUAAGUAGAUUGAGGCUUCCAUUUCUAAUUAAAACAUUAGAUGGAAAUGCUCCUCCACUUGUUUUCCAUGGGGUGCAGGGUACAAAUAUGCAGGAGAACAGCUCAUAUUCUUGGUACAAUCCUCAAGAAGCAUACCAAGUUUUUAUUUAUUUAAGUUCGCUGUAUAAAGCUGGUUUAUCUCCUGAUCACAUUGGUAUUAUUACACCCUAUCAAUUACAGGUUUUGAAGAUACGUCAAAUGCUGGAAAAGCUUAAUAUUGAGCCUCCUAAACUUGGAUCUGUUGAAGAAUUUCAGGGUCAAGAGAAAAUGAUCAUAAUUAUGAGUGUUGUUAGAAGUAAUUUUGAAUUCAUUAGUUAUGACACUCAAAGAGCACUUGGCUUUGUGAGGAAUCCUAGGCGCUUAAAUGUUGCUAUAUCACGUGCACGUGCCAUGCUUAUCAUAAUAGGAAAUCCUCAUCUUCUGUGUUUUGACCAACAUUGGAAGAAGAUUAUAAAACAUUGUGUUGCAAAUAAUUAUUAUACUGGUUGUGAUCUUCCUUCUGGUUUAAUAUGAAAAAAUAAAGGCUGUUUUUUAAUUUUACUUUUUGUUAUUAUGAAGCUAUAACAAUGUACAUAUGUAUUAUAUGUUACAUUGAUAAAUCUCCUAUUGUUUUAAUUAUGAUAUUAGUUGGACUUAAAAAUGUCAAAAUCUUUUGUAAUUGUAAAUGUAAAUCUUUUGAUGCCUUAAUUUAUAAAAUUACUAGUUUGACUGUAUAUUAUUGAUUUUUGUAUAAUUAAAUGUGUAAAUACACUUAUUAUGAAGUACAA